AUGUAUGAACAUGCCCAUAAAUUGUUCGACGAAAUGCCAAACUUAAAAUGUCAGCGAACUGUUUAUGCUUUCAAUGCCCUUCUAGAAGCCUGCGUAAGGGCAGAAAAGUACGAUACUAUGAGAGAGUUGUUUCAGGAAUUACCUGAGGAGUUAUCGAUUGAGCAUGAUGUAGUGUCCUAUAAUACUUUGAUUAAGGCAUUAUGUAAAUCUGGUUCUUUGGAUUUUGCUAUCAGUGUAAUGGAUGAGAUGGAAAAUCAGGGGAUUAAACCUGAUAAAGUGACUUUCAAUACGCUUUUGAAAGCUUAUCAUGAAUGUAAAAAGUUUUCUGAAGCAGAGGAUUUGUGGGUAUUGAUGCAAAAGAAAAACAUUGUUGCUGACCUGUGGAGUUACAACAUUAGAUUACGAGGUUUAGUUGCGAAUAACCAGGUUAACGAGGCGAUUGGGUUGUUUGAGGAGAUGGGGAAGAAAGACAUCAUCCCCAAUGCUUUGAGUUAUAACACGAUAAUCAAAAUGUUUGUGGGUGAUAGGAACUUGGAGGAGGCGAAAAGAUGGAAUGAGAAAAUGGCGGAAAAUGAGCGUUAUCCGGAUAAUGCAACAUUUGGGAUGCUCAUUCAUUUUGCUUGUGACAAGGAUGAUCUUGAUUUUGUACUUGACUUGUGUAAGAAAUCUAUGGAUUCAAAAGUUACAGUUCAUAAUGCAACAAUGCAGAGGAUAGUUGAUGACCUGGUUCAGCAUUCGAAGCUUGAAGUCGCAAAGGAGCUGGUGAACUUGGCCAAAUCAUAUAAGCGAUUCCGGUAUAAGCUUUCGUUUCCUUUGCUUCAAUAG